GAUUUUUUGCAUGCUUUUCUAAAUUUUUCUCAACCCGUUUUAAAAUUUGCUUACAAAUGAAAACUAAUGUAUGUGUAAGUCUCUUUAUGGAUUAUCACAUAAUUAUGUUGCUAGAUGCAAUCAAGGAGCUGCAAGUGUUGAGCCAACUGAGAAGGUGCAACAGGGAGCACAUGCACAAUGCCGGAAUUAAGUUACUCAUUUUCUUCUGCACGAAUGUGCGGUGCGGGGUGAUGCAGUUUCUGCGCUUGCUGGUGGAGGAUGAAGCCGGGUCAUUGUUGCAAACACAAGAAUAAAGCCCUCACAAGGACAAUCAAGAUGAUAUCCAGCUACAACUCCUAAGAGAGGCAUGCAGCUGUUUCAUUCCUGCUAGAGCUCUCCAAAUCCGAAAUGUUCUUGGACAGGAUAGGGGGAACCCCCGGCGGCAUCUUGAUCCUCAUCUCCAUGAAGUACAACAAGGAAGCCGAUCCUUUCUCCGCGGCCAAAGCAGAAGAAACUCUCAAGAACUUGGAGAAGUCGCCGAUAAACGUCAGAUGCAUGGCAGAGAAUGGCUUCGUGGAACCGCUUUUGAACCACCUCAUCGAUGCAGGUUCGGAAGAGGUGCAGAUGGAGACUUAUGUUGCAGAGAGAGCCUCCACCACCCUGAUUCAAAUGAUCAACGGCGGCAACACUAGCAUCAGAAGGGAAGCACUCAGAGCUCUGGUGCAGAUCUCAGCUCACCCUCCCAACUGCAAGAUUCUGAUGGCCGCAGGCAUCAUGCAGACUGUGGUCGAAGAGAUUCUUCCGUGCAGAAUUAAUAGCGAGCCGCUGGAUUCUCCCAAGGAGGCCGCCACGAUCCUCGCCAACAUACUCGAAUCUGACGAAGAAGGUUCGUCGGAGAUGAAAGUGAGCGAGACCGGGCACACCAUCGUCUCGCAUUACUUCAUAUACAGCAUCGCCCAAUUGAUCAAGAGCUCCAUACCAGAAGAAGCGAGUGCGAACCUUGUAAGGAUCUUGCUUUCCCUGGCCAAGCUGCCAUACGGAUGGCCACUGUAGUUUCGGUGGUCAUGGAGAUCGGCGUGAUGCAAACCUUCGUUGAAUUCCUCAACUCUGAGCUGGAGGCGCUUGCCGUGGUCGCUGCAAAGCUGCUCAUCGCACUGUUUGCAAGAUGAUCGGCCAACCGGAGGGCCUGAUCGUGGGCUACUGUCCUGGUCUCUGUUUUCCACAGAGGGGACAGCAACGGCAACGACAAGAAAAUGGCCGAGAAUUACAUACAAGAGGAUCUGUGCUCUAUAAGUAGACGGGAUCCAAAAUUGUGGACUAGAGGAUUCGUGUUUUUAGGUAGACGAGAUUUUUUGUCCAUAAAUUAUAUAUUAGAGGAUGGUCCACUCAUCUAUUUAAGUGAUGGAAUCCAUUAAAAUAAAUUAAUCUAUAAAAUAGAUUAUCCUUUAUUUUAUAAAUUACGGAUAAGAGGAUUCGAGCUCCAAUUUAGGCAUGUAAUUACUGGUUUAAACUCUUAGAUUACGAAGCAAUUCAUCCUAGGACGAACUUCGAGUUAUCUAACUUUUUAAUUUUUU